CCAUCGUGGUGUGUGCGGUGGCCUCCCUUCCUCACCAUGUCUUUUCACAAGACUUUCAGGAUCAGGCUAUUACUGGCAAAGAAACAGAAGCAAAAUCAGCCCAUUCCCCAGCGGACUCAGAUAAAAACUGGUAAGAAAAUCAGGUACAACUCCAAGAGGAGACACUGGAGAAGAACCACACGGGGUCUAUAA